CUUGCUAUCAUUGGUGCUUCAAUAUUUGCGAUUGUCAUCAUUUUCAUCCUCAAGAUUAAAACAGGAGUCUUCUCAUGGAAGUUUCCACUCUUCAAGAGCGAGAAAGAUCCUGAUAUUGAGAAAUUGAUGGGAAUCCAUGGAUCUCUUGUUCCAAGAAGAUACCAAUAUAUUGAUCUAAAGAAAAUGACCGACUCAUUUUCAGAGAAAUUAGGUCAAGGAGGUUUUGGUGCAGUGUAUAAAGGGGAGAUCAGAGAUGUUGGUCUUGUGGCCGUGAAAAUUCUGACGGAGUCGAAAAGUAGCCCAGAAGAAUUUAUCAAUGAAGUCAUGAGCAUCAGUAGAACUUCUCACGUUAAUGUAAUCACUCUCUUAGGUUUUUGUUACGAGAGGAAGAAAAGAGCUCUAGUUUUCGAGUACAUGCCUAAUGGUUCAUUGGAUAAGUUCAUGUAUUCUAGAAAAGCUUUGAAUAUGAGUAGUUCCUUGGAAUGGAAGAUACUAUAUCAAAUUGCAAUUGGCAUUGCUCGUGGACUAGAGUAUCUACACCGAGGAUGCAAUACCAAAAUCUUGCAUUUCGAUAUAAAACCUCAGAACAUUUUGCUUGAUCAAGAUUUUAUCCCCAAGAUUUCAGAUUUUGGCCUUGCUAAACUCUGUCAUAGGCAAGAUAGUGUUGUAUCAACUCUCGGCAUGAGGGGAACAGUCGGGUUUAUUGCACCAGAAGUUGUUUUUCGAAACUUGGGGAGAAUCUCUCACAAGUCCGAUGUUUACAGUUAUGGCAUGUUGAUUCUUGAAAUGUUAGGCUUCAGAAAUUCUGACAUCAUAGUUUCCAACAACAAUGAUAUGUACUUUCCAGAAUGGAUUUAUGGAAACUUGGAGCCCAGCAAAGAUCUGAAAUUGCUGAUGAAUGUGUCAGAGGAGGAGGAAGUGCUAGUGAGGAAGAUGAUUAUUGUGAGUUUGUGGUGCAUUCAAACUAGUCCGUCCGAUCGACCUCCAAUUGUGAAGGUGAUUGAAAUGUUGGAAGGAAGCUUGGGAUCACUGCAAAUGCCGCCAAAGCCCAUAUUGUAUCCUCCGACAUGACCACCGUCGCAACAUUGGGAAGUGACGAUGUCAAAUAAUGGAAGCCUUGAAGAGAGAAUAAUAGAGUUUAGAGGAAAGCAGUAAACAUGGUAAAGUGGUAAUGCAUGACUGAACUACUUGAGGUAAUUUUCAUGCCUUUCUUUAGAUUGAAUGUGUUUUUCUUAGAGUUACAGUGAAUGAGGAGAGAAUGGUUAGGUGGAUUUCACUUGGAGAUUCAAAGCACUUAGCAAGAAUUAUACGAGAAUUUCAACUUAGGAGAUCAAGUGCUCUCUGAAGGCAGUUCGU